AUGUACGAACGGCACAAGAGGCGAUACAGCCUGUGCGACAUUUCCAAGGUGGACAGGACUGUAGAUGUUGUGUUGUUAAAGAUAAACCGUGAGAGCUGGUGUCCACUGGAGCCAUGUCCCAACCCCUCCCUGCUGGAGCGCAAGCGCACACGGGAGUCUCCAGAAUGUGACAACUUCUUGGAGGAUGGGCUGAGCAGAGUGUGUGCCUCAUCACAGGGUGGUCUUAAAAGAGAGUCUGGGAGUGAAUCUGACCUCUUCCCCUUGACUGGUGAUGGGAUGGAAGACCUUGUCUUUGGGAAGCCUGAGGAGGAGCAGUCUGUGUGCGAUGUCACCAGCUCCAGCUCCUCUGCAGAUGACACCAUGUCCCUGGAGAGGAACUCAUCCCUGGGCAGCGACACAUCCCUCCCCUUCCCACCCACGGGGAGCUUCAGCCAGCCCAAGGACAGGCACAGCCUGGAUGGCAGCUGCACCAACAUGGUAUCCUCAGAGGGAGGAGAGAAGGAAGAGGAGCUGGACAGCAUCACGGACGUGCCCGCUCCUUCCUCCGUCCUGCGCAGCUCCAUGCGGCCGCUGUCUCCUUUCCGUCGGCACAGCUGGGGCCCGGGCAAGAACGCCACCAACGAGGCAGAAAUCAAUCAGAGGAGUUACAGCCUAGAGGGCCUUGCUGGAGACUCUGGUGAGAACAAGAAGCCCUCUACAAACCUGGAGGCUUCUUCUCUGAGCUCCAAAGACCUCAGGAGAAGUCCACUUGCCAGCAAUCAGUCCCUGGUCCUGCUCACUGAGGAGCUCGAGCAAGGAGAAAUCAGAGACUACAACCACCAGGUGCAUCAGACCUCGCAGCCUAAAGGAUUUAACUUCUGUUCUUCUGCUGUUUCAUCUCCACUGACCAAAUCCAUGUCUCUGAUGUCAAUUAGCAAACCAGUGCUCGACACCCAGGGCCGGACUCGACCAUCGAGACGAAUCUCCUUCUCCUUCAGCAUCUCUCCACUCAUUCCUAAGUCUAAAACUCUCUUUUCUAUUGGCUCUUCUUCCAGUGAUGAGGAGGAGGAGUUGGAUAGUGCGCAGUCGUUCGGCAGCUCCAUGGGCUCCUCAGUGCAGAGCAUAUCUGAAGAGAGCAGCAGUGUCCCUGCUGGUAAAGGUGUAACAAAAGUCAGCCGCACCUUCAGCUACCUCAGGAAUAAAAUGUCCAGCAGCAAGAAGAGCAAAGAAAAAGAGAAAGAUAAAGAGAAGACUAAAGAGAAGGACAAAGAUUCCAAGGAGAAGGAAAAAGAUAAGAAGCUGUUAAAUGGACAUCUCUUCACUGCAACCACCGUUGUAGCCCAGGCAACCUGUUACCACUGUAUGAAGCCUUUCAAUAAGGAUUCGUACUACUGUGCAAACUGUAAUGCAAUUGUUCACAAAGGCUGUAAGGAGAGUUUUGCUUCUUGUGCAAAGGUCAAAAUGAAGCCACAGAGAGGGAUGCUGCAGGCACACGAUACCUCUUCAUUACCCACAGUAACCAUGAGAAACAAAAGCUCGCAGCCGAAGGAGCGCCCGCGCUCCGCGAUCCUCGCUCCCGACGAAAGCACCGUCACCUCCACCUUCAGCAACAGGAGAUCACAGCAGCCCACUGCGCUCUCCAAAAGUGUCUCCAUACAGAACAUUGCAGGAGUUGGGAAUGAUGACAGCUUAAUACACACUUGGAAAUUCCUGUCACAGUCAACAGACUCUUUACAUAAAAUCAGCCGGGUUAAUGAAUCCAUGGAGUCACUGGUUGAUGAAGGUGCAGACAUGAAUGAAGGACAGCUCAUGGGAGACCUGGAGUUAGAUUCCAAGCAGCUGGAGGCAGAGUCCUGGAGCCAAGUAGUGGACAGCAAGUUUCUACAGCAGCAAUGCAAAGAUGUUGUCAAACGGCAGGAUGUGAUUUACGAGCUAAUGCAGACAGAAAUGCACCACGUCCGCACCCUGAAGAUCAUGAACGAUGUGUACAGUGCAGCCAUGUUAAAGGAGCUGCAGUACGACCAGCAAGUCGUGGACAAGAUCUUUCCCUGCCUGGAAAACCUGCUGCACAUCCACAGUCAGUUUUUCCAGCGGAUUCUGGAAAGGAAGAAGGAGUCACUGGCAGACAAAAGUGAAAAGAACUUUGUUAUCAGGAGGAUAGGUGACAUCCUAGUGAAUCAAUUCUCUGGGGAGAAUGCUGAGAGAAUGAAGAAAACGUAUGGCAAAUUCUGCGGGCAUCACAACGAGGCCGUCAGUUACUUCAAAGAUCUUUACUCAAAGGACAAGCGCUUUCAGGCAUUUGUCAAGAAAAAAAUGAGCAGCUCCCUGGUGAGGCGUCUUGGGAUUCCUGAAUGUAUCUUGUUGGUAACGCAGAGAAUCACAAAGUACCCAGUACUUUUACAAAGGAUACUGCAGUACACCAAAGAGAAUGAAGUGGAACAUGAAGACUUGACUCAGUCAUUAAACCUCGUUAAAGAUGUGAUUGCUGCAGUCAAUAGCAAAGUCAGCAAUUAUGAAAAGAAAAUGCGUCUUGGGGAGAUUUACAGCCGGACGGACAGCAAGUCCAUCAUGAGGAUGAAGAGUGGCCAGAUGUUUGCAAGAGAGGACUUGAGGCAUAGGAAACUCAUCCGAGAUGGGCCUGUUUCACUAAAGAACUCAGCUGGCCGGUUAAAAGAAGUCCAGGCUGUUCUCCUCUCUGACAUGCUCGUGUUCCUUCAGGAGAAGGACCAGAAGUAUGUCUUUGCGUCACUGGACCAGAAAUCCACUGUGAUCUCUCUGAAGAACUUAAUUGUACGAGAAGUGGCUCAUGAAGAGAAGGGUUUGUUCCUGAUCAGCAUGGGUGGAAAGGAUCCUGAAAUGGUGGAAGUCCACGCCAGCUCCAAAGAAGAGCGCAGCGGCUGGAUACAGAUCAUUCAGGACACAAUGCACACCAUGGAUAGAGAUGAAGAUGAAGGAGUCCCUUGUGAGUCUGAGUUGGAAAAGAAAUUGUCCGAUGCAAAAUUGAGAGGACUGAAAGAACAACUUCAGCAGAAGGAUAAACAGAUCCUGCUCUUGCUGGAGGAGAAGACGAAGAUCUUCCAGGACAUGGCAGACAGUUCUGUGCAGGAGGAGAUGCCAGGCUCCAGGCUGCUCUUCAGAGCCAACACGGAAGAGGCUCCAAAAGGAGAGGCAAUCAUGAAAACUGCAAUAAAUGAAGUUGAACUGCUGCAAGACCUGGUGAACAGGAGCCUGGGCACUGCCCUCGGACAGCAGCUCAGCAGCACUGCCAUGGAUCAGGAGGGAGGAGUUGGCCCCAUCUCACUGCCUAGAAGGGCAGAAACUUUUGGAGGAUUUGACAGUCAUCAGAUGAAUGCCUCCAAGGGUGGAGCAAAAGAUGAGGGCGAUGAUGCUCAGGACCUUCGGAGAACAGAGUCAGACAGCAUUUUAAAGAAGGGUGGAAAUGCUAAUUUGAUGUUCAUGCUGAAAAGGAAUAACGAGCAGGUCCUCCAAACCAUUACCAGCCUCCAUAAGCUGCUCAGUGCUUUACAGGGUGUGGUGCUGCAGCAGGACACCUACAUCGAGGACCAGAAGCUGGCUCUGAGCGAGAGGGCUCUGAGCCGAAGCUUCUUCCGACCCCUCUCGCUGCUGGAGCAGGAGAAGCAGCGCAGCCUGGAGAAGCAGCGCCAGGAGUUCGCCAACCUGAAGAAGCAGCAGACACAGCACGAGGAGGAGAAGCGGAGGAGGGAGAAGGAGUGGGAAGUGCGGGAGAAGGAACUGGCAGAGCACGAGGCCGAGCUGGCCCAGCGCGAGGAGCAGGUGCAGAGGCUGCGGCAGGAGCUGGAGCGGGAGCGCGAGGAGCUGCAGGUGAGGAAGGCGGCCUACCAGCUCGACCUGGAGAGGCUCCGCACGGCGCAGAAGCAGUUGGAGAGGGAGAAGGUGCAGCUGAAGCAGGACGUGGAGCGAUUCGCUCAAAUGCGGCAGGAAUCCGACCACAACCAGGUUUCAAAUCUACAUGAGAAACUUGCAAGAGUCUCCUCCCAGUCCAGCACUGAUGAAUCCUCCAUGCAGAAGAACCCUUCCCUUCCUAAACAAGGGCACUUUGAUGCAGAACUGUCUGUCUCCCCCAAAAGGAACAGUCUUUCAAGGACACACAAAGAGAAAAGCACUUUCCAUUUGCUUAGCACAACAAACCAGACUAACAAGGCAGCUGAGGAACAGACCCAGAUGCCUACUCGCCUCUUCAGUUUAGCCAAACCAAAGGAGAAGAAGGAGAAGAAGAAAAAGAGCAGGGGACAUCGCUCCCAGCAGUCUGAUUCUCACUCGUCAGAAGCACCUCCAGAGGGUGAGGAGAUCUUCUGCUGAGCAUGGACUGUUCAGUAGUCACUCGUCGCAUUGGCACCGUGGACAUCUCCCUGCCUGUGACACAGCACCCAGCUGGUGCCUGCGCUGGACAAACACCU